AUGGUCCAUGUCUCAAACAAGGUGACCUUCUCAGGUACAAGCUAUGCACCAGGAAUGUUGCUGUGUCAUGGUUCAACUGCAGGUUUACCUGACUUUGCUGAAGUUUCUCAGAUCAUCCUGGUGUUGGAUAGCAUAGUCUUUGUUGUCAAGCUGCUAAAUGCAUGUGUUUUCCUGCCUGCUCAGAUUUCCACCCCUGCAAAGCUAAGGGUCAUCUUUGAUGAUCAUACAGUCCACAAAUUGGUUCUUCCAUCAGGUAUCCCCGGUACUCUACAGGAUCUCAAGCUAGUCAUCCAGAGCACAUUCUGCACACCAGAUGGCUUUACUCUAAUGUAUCAAGAUGAAGAAUUUGGGGGGCAGUUCUUCACAUUGACCUCUAUAGAAGAUGUUCAAGACAAGGGUACCCUGAAAGUUGUUCAAGUUGAACCAGUCAUUUUAGAUCUCAGUGCAGUGGAAGAAAAGGAUGAUAACGUAACAGAAUCAGACAGCAUGUCAUCCAUAUCUUUAGCAUCUCAGGAUACUGUUUUGCUUUCCUCAUCUGAUGAAAGUCCAUCACACCGUUCCCAACCAUGGCCAAGAAAGUUUGAAAUUCCACUAUUCUCCUUUGGGAUUCGGCUCCUCCUGGAGGCAGGAAACCAAGCUUACCAUUCUGAAGGCACCCUGCUAAACAACCCAAAAGUGACAAGCGGUGUCCUGGAAGAAUUGGCUGAAAAAAUAUUUGAGUACACAGCAUACCCUACGGGAAUUCAAGUUCUGAAUGUAGUCGAGGCCUUAAUUGAGAAGUACCCAUGCCUCAAAGAGCCAGGCUCGUUCAAUGGAAUGUACGGAUGGCAACAAAGGAUAAAGUACAAGAUGGGAAAUUACAGGGCAAAAGUAAGAGGGCUCAAAAUAGCCUGUCCAGAGUUAGAAGUGAACAAAAAGACGACUUCUAGUCCCAAAGGAAUCAGAAGACCCAAAAAGGCGGAAGUAAAUUAUUUGCCACCAUUGCCACUAGGACAGACAAAAGAAACCAUGGAUGAAGAGAGAGUAGAUCUACUUACAGAAGUAAAAAAGACCAACAACGACAAGAUUAUCAGUGAAAAAAUGGAGAAGACCUUUCCAUAUCGACGACUGGAAGUUGUCAGUCAGAUGCCUGCUGUCCCAGAUGUCAUGGAGAGAUGGCCUGCCCUUUUCUCUCAAUCUCAGGUGAAAGAGGAGUUCAAGAGGAUCACAACCAUUCAACUGGACCGAACCUUUUUGUCGAAGAUGGAUUUAUACACUCCAAAACUCCUGACCGUUUUCAAGACAAAGGGUGGGACUGCAGGCACAAAAAUAAAAAGCGUGUUGGAGUCUCUCAGUCAGAAGCAGAUUGAUAGCCAUGAUGCGGUCAUCCGUUGUCUGAUCCCUUUCCUGGGAGAAUCGACAGAGGAACUCAUUAAAGACUACCAGCAGGAUCUGUCCAAGGACGUCAUCGAACAAGACCUCAAAGACAAUGUGAUCAAGAUCCUUGUGCUGGGCAGUGCUGCAGAGGGUGCCCCCCCAACUGAUGUCAUCAUUGUGAUUGAUGGUACAGAGGUAUUAGGUGGUUGUAAAACACUUGCCAACGCUUGCAUGCUGCUCAUGGGCUUUGUGUACUCACUGAAUCUCAGUUAUCCUCCAAAAUUGAAAUACACAUUUGAAGUGUUUCAAAAGUUGCUUUUGGAGUUAGAUGAUUUGAAGGUCUCCCCUAAAGUGGAUUCUCUGAGGAGGAAACUGCUACAUUAA